AUGUGCAGUAGCAAGAAUUUGCUCUUGGCUGCUUUGAUGAUGUCAGUGCUGCUACUCCACCUCUGCAGCAAGUCAGAAGCAGCAAGCAACUUUGAUUGCUGUCUUCGAUAUACAGAACAUAUGGUUCCUCCCGGAUCUAUCAUGGGCUUCACACAACAGCUGGCCAAUGAAGCUUGUGACAUCAAUGCCGUUAUCUUUUACACAAAGAAAAAAAAGGCUGUGUGUGCAGAUCCAAAGAAGAAAUGGGUGAAACGGACUGUGCGUCUCCUCAGCCAUAGAGUCAAGAAGAUGUAA